GUUUCAUGUUCUUUUACCAGGCUCCGAGUCGUUCUAACGAUGGCACUGGCACUAGGUACUACAAGACUAAUCCACUGCAGUGAUAGUGCGAGAACUGCGCGAUUGCUCGAACCACAAUUGUCCCCGCUGGCAGGAGUAGCACCAUCGUUCGUCCACCACCGGCGCCAUGUCAACUGCUCGGUUGCCCCGUUAUGUCCUCACUGUCACGACCCUGACUGUCCUUCGAGUGCGCCUUGCCCGGCUACCCGCCCAGGCAUAAAAGUGCCCACAGCGCCCGUGACUGCAUCGGGAUUGUUUCGAGUUCCGCUUCUGCCCCCCAAGUGGUACAGGGUAAGAGGGCGCUUGCAAAGAGAUGGUCAUCGCGCGGGGUCCACUAUUGUUAUUGGAGCCGCGGAGGAGACAUGGGCGUCGACAUCCCCCUUCCGAUGAUACCUGGUAGGGCAUAUCUCUCGUGUUACUACUGUAUGAAUCAGCAAGGUGCCAGCGCAGCCAAUCACACCGAAAGCGGAGGAUACAAAGUACCUACCUAGGUACUGAUGCUUUUCCGCUCCACACCCGCAGCCUUGCCAUGUCACCGGGUCGAGAGGGGACGCCUGAAGAGCUGGCAGAGUUUUCAGACAGCCGACUCUAGAGGGGCAUGUUCUCCCUGAAAUUCCUGAAGGCCUGUAUGGCUGGCAGUGCGGGUAAGCUCAGGCUUCUUAUCAGAGUUGCUGAUGGCGGACGCUCCCCGAUACGCCAAUGGUACUGCACAGUGUGCUCAGGGCUCAAGGUUCAGCAUCAUUCUCAUUGCCGUUCUCCUCCUGUUUGCGUGUCUUUCCAUGAGCGGAGUCAACUUGCUGCCUAGGCGGAGACCUUACAAUGUGUGCUGUGAAUGGAAAAUGGGAGGACAGUGCAGAUGCAGGAGCAAGGAACUGAGGUCGGUCACAAGUUACAAAAUGAUAUUCAAUGAUAUUCAAUCGUCUUUCACGGUUUCUCAUCUCACUAAGGGUUACUUGCUGCGUUGUUGACUUGUUGAUUCUUCACGCCAUUCCCUCUGACCGUUGUACUUCGGACUUGCUGGCCAUAAGAAAAGAGAAUUUGAGAAUGAAUGACUGCACCAAAAGAAAAACGACGUUCUCAGUGAACAGCCUCACCAUGUUGUUCUUUGAUGGAAACGAGCUGUUUCACCGAUGUCCAUCAUCACUCCUGCCGAUGUCUUGGGAAUGUCUUUUUGUUCUUGCCCAGGUCAAGUCGUUGGAUGGGAUCGCAGUUCUCCCCUCCCAGUUUGCUGUUCUGGCGGCCGCCCGGCUCAUCGCCUCACCUCGUUCACUUGCGACAACAUGACCAUGAGCUUCCACCCACGGACUUAGAGUCCGGCACAAACUCCGCAGAAGACAUUGACAUCGACUUCAUCUCAACCUCACUUUCCAAAACACAAGCGUGAUUGUCCCACCUCAACCGCGCAUGAAACGGGUAUCGAUCUCCUCCAUCCUUUUCUUCUUCCUUCAUCUCUCACAACCCCUUCUCAAAGCAUCCUUGUUACUGCGACAAGCGUGAUCACACAGUUACUUUCUAUCAUCCUCAAACCCAAAGCCUAUCGACGCUUUCCAUCCCUCAAUCAUCAUGCCGCUGGCAAUGGCGGCGCGUGCCACACCGCCCUCGAACCCUAACUACGACGUACAGUUCUCUGAUGCGACCAUUCAGGGCAUCUUCAAGAAGAGUCUGCCGGACGUCAAGCCAGAACACGUCUCCAUCGAGCACCUCCCGUCUGGCAAGUCGUUCAACAAUCGCAUCUACUUCAUCAACCUUACUGAGCCAGCUGCUCUGACCCGACCCGAGUUCAAGAUCAACGGAGUCGAGUCUACUGACAGUGCGCAGACCAGCUGGGCGACAUCCUUUGUCCUCAAAGUCUCCGGUUUGCCUUUCGGACCAAGCAAGACCCAGAACGAAGUGGCGUGUUUAUUGUUACUGGAGAAAUACUGUCCCACCGUGCCUGCGCCUAAGGUUGUCGCCUGGUCUGACGAUGGUAACAAGAUCAAGACACCCAGCGACUCGCGCGGCACUCGAACUCGCUCUGCAUCCUGGGUUUUGAGGUUGAAGAAAGCCACUGGCAGCGGCCUUCGGAACCGUGACGUCGAGACCGAGAACAAUGAUCAGCUUGACACCAAGGGACGCGGCUGGAUCCUUAUGACCCGUGUUCCCGGUCGCAUCAUCAGCAGAGAGGACAUCAUGGGACCGACUGGAGAUGCGAUCAUGAUCAAGAUGGCGGAACACGUCGCAGCUUGGCGUAAGAAUAUGCCACCAGCUCGAGCAGUUGGAAACCUUCGCCUCAUCCGUCGCUUCGGUGUCCCACCACCAUCAGCAACCAUGUAUGACAGAGGCAUCCUGCCAGGUCUAGACGUCUACGUCGAAGGGCUCAUCGCAAGUGAAUCGUCCAGUACGGCACUCAACACCACUCAACGCUAUUUCGUCCACAAACUUAAAGCAGAAGUUCGUCGUCUUAAAGACAACAAGAUCUACGAACAGAACAAGGACUUUGUCAACAAGCUUGUGUCGCGAUUCAUCAAAGACACUCUGCCCAAGUUGCCCAUCUUCUGUCGCGAAACAGGAGAGAUGAUCUUCACCCACUACGACCUGUCUCCACGCAACGUUCUUGUGGUCGACACUCCCGUCGGCGCCGCAGUUUCUGCUGUGAUCGACCUCGAGUUCGGCGGCUUCUUCCCAGCGACCGAGGAAUUCGCAAACGUCGUGGAGAAUGACAAUCAGGAAUGGCCGGCUCAUCAGUAUGAGGUUUUCCUUGCCACCUUGGAUCGCCACAAUGCUCUGCCUCAGUCGCUCGCUCGCGUCUUCUCUGGUCCUCCCUCGGCCUAUCUUCCUGUCAUCCACCCGGAUUUUGGCGGUGUCGAGUUUCAACAGGCUGUUCUCCUUGCGCGCAUCGCUGGAAACAUUGCUCCAUGGUGGGUCAAGGAUGAGAGCGGGUUGGAUCAAGAAGACCUGAACCGCGAAUUGACCACUGCAAAGGCCAGAGUCGAAGACGCCGUCAUGCGUCUUGAGCAAAUCGUCCUGGCUGGCAAACAGGCCAAGCCAGUUGCCUUUUGAGUGGCAGGCGAGGCGACAUGCGAGAAACGAAGGGGGAGUGGAGUGGAGUUGAAUUUGUUUUUUGCAUUGAUCAUUUUGUCAUUGAACCUUGAAGCUAGCCAGUGAAUGCAGUGGGGGAGAUGAAAUGCCAGAUCAGAGGGCAAGCAGAUGAAUGGGAUCCCAUCAUUGCAAGCAAAGCAAGUACUGGCACUGGCUUCUAUUCAAGUUCACCAGAGAAUCGCGCGUAUGUAAGCGUUGAGAAAAUUGGGCUGCGUCAGCAGAUCCCAUCAUGCAGUUGAAUGCAAAAUGCAAAGUUGAAAUGAUUCUUUGUAGUUGCCAGUGAUGUAGGAGCUUAGGAAGCGAG